UCUGAGAAGAUGGCGAAGGUCUCAGAGCUUUACGAUGUCACUUGGGAAGAAAUGCGAGAUAAAAUGAGAAAAUGGAGAGAAGAAAACUCACGAAACAGUGAGCAAAUUGUGGAAGUUGGAGAGGAAUUAAUUAAUGAAUAUGCUUCUAAGCUUGGAGAUGAUAUUUGGAUCAUAUAUGAGCAAGUGAUGAUUGCAGCCCUAGACUAUGGUCGAGAUGACUUGGCAUUGUUUUGUCUUCAGGAGUUAAGAAGACAGUUCCCUGGCAGUCACAGAGUCAAGAGACUAACUGGCAUGAGAUUUGAAGCCAUGGAAAGAUAUGAUGAUGCUAUACAACUAUAUGAUAGAAUUUUACAAGAAGAUCCAACUAACACUGCUGCAAGAAAGCGUAAGAUUGCCAUUCGAAAAGCCCAGGGGGAAAAUGUGGAGGCCAUUCGGGAACUGAAUGAGUAUCUGGAACAAUUUGUUGGGGACCAAGAAGCUUGGCAUGAACUUGCAGAACUUUAUAUCAAUGAACAUGACUAUGCUAAAGCAGCCUUUUGUUUAGAGGAGCUAAUGAUGACUAAUCCACACAACCACUUACACUGUCAGCAGUAUGCUGAAGUUAAAUAUACCCAAGGUGGACUUGAAAACCUCGAACUUUCAAGAAAGUAUUUUGCUCAGGCACUGAAACUGAACAACAGAAAUAUGAGAGCUUUGUUUGGGCUGCAUAUUGCUUCUAAUCCAAAAGCAAGUGCAAAAACAAAAAAGGACAACAUGAAAUAUGCUAGUUGAGCAGCUAGUCAAAUAAACAGAGCUUAUCAGUUUGCAGGUCGAAGUAAGAAGGAAACCAAAUACUCUCUUAAGGCAGUGGAAGACAUGUUGGAAACACUGCAGAUCACCCAGUCUUAA